UGCAGCUGGUUGUCAACUGUCAGUGGUUCGUCAGAAAACUCAUCCCCGUGCCGAGACGAGAACCUUCUUCUCCGCCUCAGCCACACCAUGUCCGACUCAAAGAAACCAGCCCAGCCCGCCGCGACCGCCAGUGGAAGCUCCUCGCGGGACCAGGAGUUGGACGAUCUGCUAGACAGUGCAUUGGAGGAUUUCAGCAAACACAAGGAUAGUUCGACACAGCAAGCGAGCAAAUCGGACGGUGGAGCGGGAGGUAGUUCCGAACAGCACGACGAUCCUCCGACGGAGCAGCUGUGGAACGAGGAGUUCAUCGAUGAACAGGCGAAGAUGUUCGAGAAGCAAAUGGCUGCGCUGUUCGGCGGUGGCGAAAGGGUGGACAGCGAACAGAUUGCUCUCGGGUUUCAGCGAUUGGCCGAAGCGGCCGGUAUGGCGGUGCGAUCGGAGGGUGCGCCGACGACAGUAGGAUUGGAUGGACCGGCGGGAGAAGCAGUUGGUGGUCUUGACCCGUCAAUCAGCCAAAGCAUAACCGAUGCGCUUAAGUCGAUGAGUGAAGGGCGCGACAAUUUGCAGGCUCCCUUCAGCCCCGAGGAUAUGGCGAACAUGUUCGGUAACAUCGAUCUGAACGCGUCGGGCGAGAACAAUGCCUUCUUGCCGUUCAUGCAGAACAUGAUGCAAAGUUUACUGUCGGCCGAGGUGCUACUGCCCAGCUUACGCGAUCUCGUCGAGAAGUACCCGAAAUGGCUGCAAGACAAUGCGGCGACCGUUCCGAAGGAGGACCGGGAGCGGUACGAAAAACAGCUGGUCAUGAUGAAGGACGUGUGCGCGGAGCUCGAGCAAGAGAAGCCAGACGACAGUGCGGAGGUCAAACGCGAACGGUUUCGAGUGGUGCUGGAAAAGAUGCAAGCCAUGCAGGACCUCGGUCAACCGCCAACUGAUUUGAUUGGGGAUCUUGGGCCGGGAAAUCUUAAUCUGCCUACGCUCGAUCCGUCCUCCUUCAAUGAACAGAAUCCCUGCCCUAUGAGCUAACUCAGCACUCGGAACAAACAUCCUGGCAACUUGCUGCUGUGCCGCUGCCGCCUGCUGUGCUUUAGGUGUAGUUGAGCUUUUUUUUAACUGACACAUUUCGCGUCAUCCUUAUGAAAGAGGAUUGGAUUGGAUUGGAUUGGAUAGGCCGGUUUUAAGUUGAUUUGGGUUUCGACAAAGCGACGAUCUUUUGAAAUUGGACCGCAUUUUUGUGGGGUUUGUGGGUUUAGCUCGGAUACUUUAACAUUAGCAAUAAAGUCGCUGGAAGCGACAUUCGUAAAACCACCAACAUGUAGCGUAUUAAUUACACAUUGGAAAUAACAGACAGUCGCUUUCAUU